GUCUUGGGAGUAAAAGAUCUAUGGUAAGAACAUUCUCUACUGCUUUGCGUCAUGUCAUGGCUGGCAUGAAAUAAAGCUUUCUUGCUAUGCUUGAUUUCUUUCCUUACUUACAAAAGAGUGCUUAGUUUUCUUUGAUUGUGAUAUCCGUCAAAAUUCGUUUAUUUACACUUUCUUGUACGCACGUUCAAAGUGAUCACUUUUUGGUAAAUGGAAGUGAAGAGAUAAUAAUAUAAUGGCAAUAAUUGUUUAGCGAGCGUUUGUACAUAGGUUUAAGGUUUCUCUCACAAUGAACGAAGCCGCGGGGGAUUGGAUUUGUAGCGAUCCGAGUUGUGGUAACAUAAAUUUUGCGCGUCGAGUAUCAUGUUAUCGUUGUAAUAAAGACAAACCCGAUGGAGGGAAAGCGUUUAAAAAGAAACUUGGUACGGAAAUUGGAAAAUCGGCUGCAGAAAAGUCUCGCGGCUUAUUCAACGCCGAUGAUUGGCAAUGCAAUAAAUGUGCGAAUGUAAACUGGGCCCGGCGUACGACGUGCAACGUCUGCAAUGCCCCGAAGUUCGGUGAAGUGGAGGCGCGAACCGGCUACGGCGGAGGGUACAAUGAGCGCGGAGUGGUCGAGUACCGCCGCCGAGAGCCUUCUUCUGAUGACGAAUAUGAUGAAUUUGGAAGAAAAAAGAGGAAACGCAAAUUAGACACGCAGAAUACGAGCAAAGCGUCGACGGCCUCUGGCGAGGGCGAUGCCGAGGACGCGGAGGCGGAGGCGGAGGCGGAGGCGGGCGCGGGCGACGAAGGCGACGAGGAGGAGUCCGGCGACGACGCCGACCUCUCCAAGUACGACUUGUGGGGCAGCGACGACGAGAAGGCUCAGUCUUCUAAAACAGAAACUACUGACCAAGCUAAAGAUGGGAACGGAGCAGAAGCCGGAUCGGACGAGGCGGAGAAAAAUGGCAAAUCUGAAACACUGGAUAAUAAAGCUGCCAAACGAAGAUCGCGAAGUUCCUCUUCGUCGUCGAGCUCGUCCUCCAGCUCUAGCUCGAGCCGCAGCUCCGCGGAUGCUCCCAAAAACAAGUUCGACGACUUCAACUUAAACAGCGAGCGCGAGUCGCCGCAGGCGUCGCCGCCGGGGCGCCGCUCGCGCUCGCCACACGGCCGCGGCUCCAGCUCGCGUCGCAAGACACACUCGCGCGACUCCAGAAGUCAUGAUUCGGGGCGCGACAAGAAGGUACGGUCGCGGCGCGGCAGCCGGUCGCGCUCGCGCUCGCGGCCCGCGCGCAAGGAGCGCCGCUACAGCCGCGACGCCGCCGCCGGUCACUACCCCGCGCGCGGAAGACAUCGAUAAAAUCAUUUAUCAUUU